AUGAAGCUCGGGAUCAACAGCGCGUGCGACCUCCCCCCGCCCCGGAGCGGCAGCGGGAGGGACGGCGCGCCCCCUGAUUCCUCCGCGUCGGCGUCGGCGCCGUCGCAGCAGCAGGCCUUCUCGCUCCCGUGCCCGAAGCUGCCGCGGCUCUCGGAGGCGGAGGCCUUCGUCGGCCAGACCCUCCACCGGCCCACGCCCGCGCGCCACCAGGGAUUUGGCUUGCAUGACGACUCGUCGAAGAGGACGCCUCCAUUUUCUCCCACUUCAGCGUCUCAUGCACAAGAAGAACCCCAGCAGCAGCAACCGGUGAUCAUACCCAGCAGCACUACCCUGCGCUGGAAUCCCUCUCCUACAGACACUAGAUGUCGGGUUAAUGAGGACGCUGAGUGCAGGUUUCAGCAGCUGUCAGGUUCAGUACACAAGGUGGGGAUGGUAUUGGACUCGGUACAAACUGAUGUUAUUCAGUGUAACCGAACCAUGAAGGAGGCGUCGCUUGAAUCUGGUGCUGUGCAGCAAAAGUUCGAUCUCCUAGAGGAUACACUUCAGAAAAUUAUUAAAGGACAAAAUGAUCUGAAAGUACUUGCUGAAAACAACACGAAAAGCAACUCUGAUCAGCUGAAUGUAAUCAACUCUCGCACCAGCAAAUUGAAUGAGAUGUCUUUGGUCGUUUCAGUCUGCCCAAAACAAGUGCAAGCAGAUUUAAAAGAGCUGCAUGGUGACAUCUUCAGGGUUCUUACAAAGGACAUGGAGGGGGUUGUUAGAGAUAUCAGGUCUCUGAGUACUAAGCCUGCUGUAAUGCCAAUGCUGCCAGACCAUGUGGUAGCAAAAGGAAGUCCCCUGAUGAACAAGAUGUCUGUAGCAAACGGAAGGCCUACAAUGAACCAGACACCAGUAGCAAAAGGAAGUCCCCUGAUGAACAAGAUGUCUGUAGCAAACGAAAGGCCUACAAUGAACCAGACACCAGUAGCAAAUGGACGACCCCUGAUGAACCAAACACCAGUGGCAAAUGGAAGCCCCAUGAUCAUCAACCAGGCUCGAGUAGGAAAUGGAAGGUCCCAGCUGAAACAAACACCAGUUACAGAUGCAAUGCCCCAGAGGGAUCUAACACCAGAGAUAAAUGGAAGGCCCCAGAAGGACCGAAUACCAUUAGCAGAUGGAAGUCCCCAUAUGGAACAAAUAACACCAACAAAACCCCUUCCUGCACGUUCCACUUAUGCUACAAGGGCGUCAGUUCUGAAGCCAAAGGUAGAACAGGGUAUGGUUAAAGCAGCUCACAUGGUUGGUACAAGCUACAGGCUAGCACCUUCACAGAACGAGAAGUUGAAUCAAAAGGUCAAUCCCCAAGAGCCAACUAAGAAGGAACCAGUUAAAAUAAUCAUCAAUUCGGAUAAUGGCAGUAAAGCGUGCACUUCCCGGAUGAUUCUGAACAUGGAACCAGCAAACGGAAGACCUACAAUGAACCAGACACCAGUAGCAAAUGGAUUACCCCUGAUGAACGAAACAACAGUGGAAAAUGGAAGCCCCAAUAUCGUCAACCAGGCUCCAGUAGGAAAUGGAAGGUCCCAGCUGAAACAGACACCGGCAACAGAUGGAACGACCCAGAGGGAUCUAACACCAGAGAUAAGUGGAACUCCCCAGAAGGACCAAAUAACAGUAGCAAAUGGAAGGCCCCAUAUGGAACAAAUACCGGCAGCAAAACCCCUUCCUGCAUGUUCCACUUAUGCUACAAGGCCAUCAGUUCUGAAGCCAAAUGUAGAACAGGGCAAGGUAAAAGCAAAUCAUAUGGUUGGUACAAGCUACAGGGUAGCACCUACACAGAAAGAGGUGUUGAAUCAAAAGGUUAAUUCUCAAGAGCCAACUAAGAAGGAACCAGUUAACAUAAUCAUAGGUUCAGAUAAUGACAGUAAAGGGUGCACUUCCCGGGUGAUUCUGAAAAUGGAACCAGCUGACCUGAUGAAGGAAGUCGGCAGCGAGUCGGGCCCACCACUUGUGUGGGGGGUGAGGAAGAGGAGGACAAGCAGCGAGACACUGUCCAUUGAUGCCGCCACCUUGCUGCCAGGAGAAGGGGAGAAGAGGAGGCGGGGACCUGCACCAGAAGCACAGAAGGACGAGGCUGUUCACACGGUUGAAGCUGCUCCAGCAAAGCGGGCUCAUCGGUUCAAUCCCAAGUACGACGCGACCCUGUGGAUCACCUGCUGA